UUUGACAUUUCACUUCGUAUUCGGUUGAUGCCAGUUGUCGCUGUUUAAUUGUUUAUUUAUUUUUUCUGACAGCUUUUUGCCACAAACCAAGAUGAGUUACAUGCUGGGGCAUCUCCACAAUGGCUGGCAAGUGGACCAAGCCAUUUUGUCUGAGGAGGACCGAGUUGUGGUGAUUCGUUUUGGCCACGACUGGGACCCGACAUGCAUGAAGAUGGAUGAAGUACUCUACAGCAUCGCAGAGAAGGUCAAAAACUUUGCAGUUAUAUACCUUGUAGAUAUCACUGAAGUUCCAGACUUCAACAAAAUGUACGAGUUGUAUGACCCCUGCACGGUGAUGUUCUUCUUCCGCAACAAGCACAUUAUGAUUGACUUGGGCACCGGCAAUAACAACAAGAUCAACUGGCCGCUGGAGGACAAGCAGGAGAUGGUGGACAUCUUGGAGACGGUGUACCGGGGUGCGCGAAAAGGCCGCGGUCUAGUGGUUUCUCCUAAGGAUUACUCCACUAAGUACCGCUACUGAGCUACCCAACUUCUUAUUUGUGUGGAGAUUUAUCUUACAGUGAAAAAACAUGGUAUUUUAACCCUUUGCCAGGCUAAGGGAUAUAUAUUUCCCACAUGAAGCACUUCAAACAUGUGUUCUAUUUUCGAUGAGUAAGACUGACAUUCCAUUGUCAUUUUUGAACUGUCAGCCUGGUAAAGGGUUAAUGUAUUUUGGAAAGAGUCAUAAUAUAGGAAGAAAAGACAGGCAGAAUCAAGUAAAUGUAUACAGAGGAAAGAAAAUAUAUAUGAUUAUAGGAUUUUUUUCCCUUUAUAGGCCGAUUCUGAAUAGUAAUAUUACGAGCAUUGUUAUAAAUGUUUGUGUAUAGGAGUAUAGGAGGUAAAUGUAAUUUAAAAUUAAAUAUUAGGAAUUUUU